GCAAUCUUAUCUUUCCAGCCCUACUACUUCCAGUUCUCCGCUGGCAGAGGCAAAAGGGGUGGAUCCUGGAUCUGACCCCGCCUCCAUAUUACUUCGGCCCCGCCCCGCCCCGGGACCCAGGGCGGAUGAGGGGCAGUUUCCUCGCCAGUGUAGCUGAGAGGCUCCGCGUCCCAGCGGGGUGUCUAGCGCAGCAAGCUAGAGUCCGGGGCCGGGAGGGCCGAGCGCGCGUGCGCGCAUAAGCUGCCCGGGGAACGGGGCGCCGUGCAGUCUCAGGAGAACGACGAAAAGCUUCCCCACUUAGCACCAAUAUGGCCGCUGCCGCCCGCUUCUUGGGUCCGCUGGUGAAAAGCAGCAGGGGCAGUCACGCAAGAAUCCAUAGACUAUGGAAGUGUCAGUCUGGUGCAGCAGCAACAGCAGCAACAACCACAAACACGCAAAGAAUAAAACCUCAAGUUCAACCAGAGAGGAGGAAGCCUAAAACUGGAAUAUUAAUGCUAAACAUGGGAGGCCCAGAGACAUUGGGAGAUGUUCAUGACUUCCUACUGAGGCUUUUCCUGGACAAAGACCUAAUGUCACUUCCUGUACAAAACAAACUGGCCCCAUUCAUCGCCAAGCGUCGCACACCCAAAAUUCAGGAGCAGUACCGUAAGAUUGGAGGUGGUUCACCAAUCAAAAUGUGGACUGCCAAGCAAGGAGAAGGCAUGGUAAAGCUUCUGGAUGAGAUUUCUCCACAUACAGCUCCUCACAAAUACUACAUUGGAUUUCGGUAUGUCCAUCCUUUAACAGAAGAAGCAAUUGAAGAGAUGGAGGAAGAUGGUCUUGAUAGGGCUAUUGCUUUCACACAGUAUCCACAAUACAGCUGCUCUACCACAGGCAGUAGCUUAAAUGCUAUUUAUCGAUACUAUAAUAAAGUUGGGAAGAAACCAAAGAUGAAGUGGAGUACUAUUGACAGAUGGCCUACUCAUCCUCUCUUCAUUCAGUGCUUUGUAGAUCACAUACAAAGAGAACUGGACCAGUUUCCACCAGAGAAGAGAGGAGAUGUGGUCAUUCUUUUCUCUGCACACUCACUACCAAUGUCUGCAGUCAAUCGAGGUGAUCCUUAUCCACAAGAGGUGGGAGCGACGGUCCAAACAGUAAUGGAGAAGCUGGGGUACUCCAACUCUUACCGACUUGCCUGGCAGUCCAAGGUUGGUCCAAUGCCGUGGUUGGGUCCACAGACAGAUGAAACUAUCAAGGGACUUUGUGAGAGGGGCAGAAAGAAUAUCCUUUUAGUUCCAAUAGCAUUUACCAGCGAUCAUAUUGAAACCUUGUAUGAACUAGACAUUGAGUAUUCUCAAAAAUUAGCAAAUGAGUGUGGAGUUGAAAACAUCAGAAGAGCAGAAUCUCUUAAUGGAAAUCCAUUGUUCUCUAAGGCACUGGCUGAUUUGGUUCAUUCACAUAUCAAAUCAAAUGAAAUGUGCUCCAAGCAGUUAACUCUAAGCUGUCCGCUCUGUGUAAAUCCUGUCUGCAGGGAGACAAAAUCCUUCUUCACUAAUCAACAGCUGUGACACAUGGUCUGAGAAGCCAGUUGGAUUAGUCAGGAAAAGCACUUCCUGGGGUGACCCCACAAACACCCCAAAGACCUCACAUUUGGGGGGGAAAUGUUAGAAGAAAUAAAGGAACUAAAUUACAUUGCAUUAUCAACAGAUCGUUGAGUAUGCUUUGCUUGAUAGUAUGUAGAGAAUGAUUCUAAAGAUCCCUCUAGAGGGAAUUCUAUUUUUAUGUACUUAAUAUGCUGUGAACAUUCACAUUUUAUUCUUCCAAGUAUAGUGAUGUGCUUUAAGUAUUGUGAGCUUGAUAGCCAGUUGGCUGUUUGAUUUAAAUAAUAAACAGAUGGAUUUUUAAAGACUUCUUGGAUUCUAGAGACCCAUUUGAAAUACAGAUUUUGGUUUCAUCACCAAAGAAAUUUUGCAUCAGUACAGAUGAGGCCAUUCCAUAUGGGCUAUAGGAUGACUGAGCUUUGUUUACAUUUUCAUUCAUCUUCGUUUCAUCAAAAAUGUAUCUCGCUCUGAAAAACCUAAACUGAAGGUUACCCAGGGUUCUUUCCAGGGCCUACCAGUUGCAUCAUGUCAUUGGGAGUGAGUUUUGGUGCCUGUAUCCACCAGUGAUCUGCCAGCAGUUUGCCAGGAAGCCGGUCUUUUCACUUUUUUGCAAAUUGUUUUUUCAUUAGUAAUUGUGAAAUGUAUUGAUUUUAAAUCCCCUGAGAUUCUGAGAUCCCAUUGGGUAAAGAUUGCAAACAACAUAAAAAUAUUUUGUCUAUCAUGAAUAACUAUGGAAAUUCAUGAUGGCAUGAGGAAUGCUCAUGGUCUUUCCUGCUGGCCUCUGGAAGUUUGUGUUCUUGAGAAAUGAUGUUACUGAGGAAUUUUGAUAAUUGAUUCCUUGACUUUUAAUUUUUCUCCCCAAACCCCAGUGAACAUCUCUGUGCAAAUUCUCUUCUGUCUGGGAUGAAUUUUUCCAUUCUACAUAGAUUUAUUUUGAAAAUUAUUUUUUUGAUACAAAUAUUUUGUAAUCUUGAGGUCUCAGGUAAAAAUACCUCCCCCAUGCAACAAUGAUGUCAGAUAAUCAGAUCUGACAUGUUCUGAUUUAAAUGGAUUAAAAUUCACUGUCAAUCACAUACACAGAAGAAUUUGUAAUGAUCUCUAUUUUCCUUCUUUCUUUCAAAGCCUAAUACUUCAUGUUCUUCAAAAGAGAUUUUCUCUGUUUGAUUUUUUAAAAAAGUUCAGAAAAUAGGAGUAAUCUUCAGAGGAUUUAUAGAUCUUCUAUAUUCAGGAUUUGCUGGAUUAAUAAAUAUUACGACAUAAGUGAAGUUUCUUUGGAGGUAUAUAGAUGAUAUUGAACCAGUUUAAUUCAUGUUGUCUAAAGUCAAAAUGAUAUAAUAGGAGGAAAUUACUGCAAGGCACGUAAAAAAUGUCUCACACUUUUGUUUUUCUAGUAGUAGUCCUAUCCAUAACUUAGAAUCAGUAUUAGUUACCUUGGUGAAAAAAAAAAAGGUGGGGAGGCAGCUAGUGGCUCAGUGGAUUGAGAGCCAGGCCUAGAGAUGGGAGGUCCUGGGUUCAAAUUUGACCUCAGACACUUCCCAACUAUGUGACCCUGGGCAUGUCACUUAGGUUCCAUUGACUAGCCCUUACUGCUCUUCUGCCUUGGAGUCAAUACUAUGUAUUGACUCCAAGGCAGAAGAUAAGGGGCUAAAAAAAGGGGGGGGGGGGAGAAGACAAGGAGAAGCUGAAUUUCAACCAUUUGGCAAAAAAGAAAAUAAAUUGGCUUUUUUACUAGGGGAACUGUUUUUGUAGUUUAACUUGAUUCUGAAUAGAAGCCCAUGAUUAGACCCCAGUUGUUAGGAUGUUAUAAAGAACUAUUUAUUGUUGAAGGCACUUCUUUUGAGCUUCGAUUUGGAAUCUGGUGCUGUACUGAGUGUCACAUCAUACAGAACGAGUAGUAUCCAACUCAUUUUACCCCCUUCCCCCCCAAACUGGUCCAAGCCUUCUAGUCAGUGACUCUGGUCUGGUUGAGAGAAUUUAAAGGCUGAUUGAGCCUAGCCAGGUUGGCAGCACUCCAGACACUCAGGAGGGAAGCAGAGCCACCCUUAGAUUCUCUGCAGCCAAGAUCUGUACUUGCUUUUCCAGCCUCUGACUUUCUUUCCCGUGUCCAGUUUGUCCCUGAAGUCUACAUUGAACAAGGAACUUUAGGCAUUAAUCUGGACCAAGAUUCUUGGUGUUGACUUGGAACCAGGCCAGCUUCCAGUACUAAGGCACUGGGGCGACAUUUAUUUGGAUCUUUGCCCAUAGCACUGGGUCCUUUUUACAGGCUAACCCUGAUGGCUGUUGAAUUACUACAUGCUCGGUCCAGUGUUUGGUAGGACCGAAUUAUUCAUCGGCCUUUUUGGGCCAAUAAUAGCUAGACUGAGAAGUGUUUGCUUGGUUGUCAACCUCAGGAUUACAAAUGUCUGCCUUGGGUAAUUAGCGCUAAAAUACUGCCGGCUCUCCCCAGACUAAGCUCCCGUGGAGUACCGACUUCAAAAUGAUGAAGCAACUGCUUCUAAAGUUUGAAAGAGCUUUGGCUCGGCCAGAUUAGCGUACGCUUCAGAACCUCCUUCUGUACUAUUCCUUGGGGAUGCAACCCCUUAGAGAUUAUACAGCCCCACUGCCACCGUCCACCUGUCUAUUACUUCUUGUAAGUCCUCACUUUAUAACAUUUGAGGAAAAGUCUGCUUUGAAAGUCUUUUAUGCUUUCCCCCGGACGGGGUAUUUGCUAAAUAAGACCUUCCGGCUUCCUGUUGCUGUUCAUUAAGGAGUUAAUUAAUAAUCAUUUUCUCUGAUAACUUCCAUGUACCUGUCGGUGUACAGCACUAACAUAAGUUAGACGUUUCACUAACUCCCAGAAUGCCAUUGUCCUGCCCUUUUCCCAGAUGCCUCGUAGGCUGUCCCGCAGCAGCAUUGUGAUGGUGAAGGGACAAGAAAGAAAGAACGGUUGGUGCCAUGUUGCCAAAGCUUUGGCUCAGAAGGGACACUGUACAGAAAGCACUGGAACAGCAUAUUCUCUUUACAGACAUAUUUUUUAUUUUGUUUUUAAAGCCCUACUUUCUGUUUUAGUAACUAAGACAGUAGGACAAAGGCAAGGCACAUGGGCUGAGGACUUGCCCAGGGACACACAGAUAGGAAGUGCCUGAGGCCCGAUUUGAAUCCAAGUCUUUCCACUUCCAGGCCUGGUGCCACCUAACUGCCCUUAGGAGUCAUUGAUAUAUAAUGAAAAGUAGGACAUAGUGUUUCAUGAAAGUUGUCACCUCUCAAAUACAUAUUUUCCUUCUCUUUUUUUUUCUGAAUAAAUUUGCUGAUUUAAUGUGAGAUAAGACAGAUAGGCCAAGGCUACCAUUUUGGAAGUGAGGUGGGAAGGGAGCAGAACUAAACCAGUCAUGUGAUCCAGGAGCCUACGAUCAAAACUAUUUUCAUGACAGUAUUAAAUUUUAAUUUCUAAUAGGAUAAAUGGCAAUAGAUGUAAUCCACCUAAGAAAAGCUCUUUUGGGGUGAGGGUCCUCAAUUUUUCUUAACUCAUACCUUCUUCUUAGAAUUGAUACUAAGUAUUGGUUUGAAGGCAGAAGAGCAGUGAGGGCUAGGCAGUUGGGGCUAAGUGACUUUACCAGGGACACACAGCCAGGAAGGGUCUGAAAUCACAUUUGAAUCCAGGACUUUCUAUCUCCAGAUCUGACUCUCUCCACUGAGCCACCUAGCUGCUUUCCUCAGUCAGUUUUAAGACUGGAAAGAAAGUCUUGAGACAAAGAAGUUUGAGAACUAUUGUUCUAGACAAUAUAGGUCGCUUUGAUAUAUAUAGUUUUUUUACAAAUUUGUGUGUGGCGUUCAAGAAACCAUAACUGAAAUGCAGCCAGCUGCAGAUGUAUUUAGAUAUGCAGAACCUGACAUUUAAAAUGUGUGAAGAAUUAUUCAGCCAAGAGGAGAGGAAGACCAGAAUGAAUGCCAGUGAGUAGGGGCAGGUUGAGACCCUCAUCCAUCCCAGAGUUCAAAAUAACCACAUGGCCCCUGCAGGCAAGGGAAGCUCUUCUCCAUUCUGCUCUUCCCUCCUCCCAAGGGUGGUUGCUUUGGCAGAAAGCCAGAUUACUAAGGAUAAGCUGCAGCUGGGGACAGGGAAAAAUUAGGGGCUGUACCUUAAAAUUGAGGACAUCUGGUAGUCUUAACAACCAAAAUAUGUUUGUGUGUGCACAUGAAUGUUCAUGUUAAGAGAAUCCUCAGCGUUAGUAGAUUGUUACAGGUAUUCAAAGCCAGGAUCAGUUUGGCAUCAUUGUUUCUGUGGAUCUUGUAUUCAACUAAUUUUCCUUGAAAGUGCUUCCUGAAAAGCCCUGACCCUGCAGAUGCAUGAUGGUAGCUGGGGGAAAGAGCUGAGCCAAUUUAAGAGCCUAAAAACAGAAUUUAAAUUUAAUGAUGGCUUCAGAGACUCCCAAUGAAAAUUAAUUUCUCAGUUCUCAUCAGAAAGAUAUGAACUCAGAACAUUUUGAACUAUUAAACAAUGACUUAUUUUCUGUUUUUAUUCACAUGAUAUCUGCACAUUUAAAAGGUAAUUUUUUUGGGGGGGGGUUUAUAGAGAUUUUAAUUAAUAAUACAACGAGUAAUCAAAGAAAGAGAGAGACAGUAAGAAAGGAAUAAGUAUGAAGGGCCUCAAAGCCAACAUGGCCUAGACCUGAGUUUUAAAAGAGAAAUCAGUCAGUUUUUUUAUAACUCAUCAUAAGAUCUGUCUAAGUAAGGAUUUCUAAUGACACCAGACCAGCAGCAUCUCAGCUGCUUUCACCAGCUCCCUCCUCCAUCUGAAUGUUUCAGAAGCAGUCUCCUCAGAAUGAGUUUAAAAGGUAAUUUUAAACGCACUAUCUACACUUUGAAAACACAACUCUAAAGCUUUACUGUAAUUAUCUUGUAGAUGAGAAAACUUUAGAGCUCAUCAGGAUUCUAAAUAUCCAAACCAACAGAAAUGAAGUGACUUGCCCAAGAUUGUAUAACAAGUGUUAGUUGUAGAACUAUAAUUAAACCCCAUUUCUCCUGUCUGCUCUUCUCCACUACUGCAAAAUUCCAGUCUAGGAAAUGUUUUAGUGCAUUUCUGUGUACAUAUUUCAAUCAUUUCAUAAAAUAAGUUUAAGUGGACAGAUUUUGUCAUGAACCAGAAUUCUGCUUUAGCCAGGGCCAUUAAAAAGUCGUAUUUAACAAUAAGUCUCUAAAUCCUAAUUAUUAUUACAUUGUUAAUGUUGAACUUGAAUGUUCUUUCUUACCGAGUAUUGCUAGUUAAAUAAAAACAAUUGUUCUUGA